UUCCAUUGAUCGUUUAGACGCAAGAUUACAGUGAUCAGAGCUUCUAUAUACAAUGUAUACUAUGUAGUGUAGUUUCCUCUAUGGAUUAUCAAAUCUUGUCAAUAAGAUAUUCUGUUACCAAUGGAUAUGGAGGGUAAAUUGAACGAUUUACCGGAAACUAAAAACGACGUUGGCACAAUUGAAGCUUCCACAAAGAAGCCUUCCAAAACUCAGCUGGUCGAAUAUGACAGCGAUUCGAAUUCUCCGCGAUCUACACAGCCGGAAUCGCACACGAGAAGUAUUUCUCAGGAGGUAGUGGAACUUAGCAGUGAUGACGAUGUGCAAAUCAUCGACGUUAAAGGACAGAAAGGCACUGAAACGCUGGAAAAAGGCCACGAGCAACACACGGGAAGAUCAAGUCCAAAAGAUCUGACGUGUUCGGUUUGCCUCAGUGAAUAUGACAACAAAGCGUUUUUGGACAAGUGCUUCCAUGCUUUUUGUUACUUUUGUAUAUUACAAUGGUCUGAGAUAGUGAGGACAUGCCCUUUGUGCAAAUCAAGCUUUUCUUCCAUUAUUCACAGUGUCAAAUCUAUGGACAAUUACCAACAGCAUUACCUUUCAAAGCCUGACGUCCAUGCACCAAUGAUCCAACAACAAUCUCAAAGUGAUGGAAGGCGUUUCCGCUACAGAACAACAUUAGCAGAGGGUAACAGACAGCGGCAGCAAAGACAAAGUCAAGGACAACAGGUGGAUGAAACAGAUCCUUGGGAACAGCGAGCAAGACGACGACAGGCUCACAUUGCAGCGCAGAGGGAUAGAAAGGCAAUAGGCCGUGAAAGAAGAAGAACCAUCUACUGUAAUAACUUAUGGGUACAAGGAGUAACUCAGGAAGGUCGAGCACGCCAGCGGGAAAUCUGUAAGUUACAGUGUACAGAGAAAAAUUUACCUCUUAUACAUGCAAUUAAACUUCUUCAUCUUUUUUCACCCAGGGUUGAGCUCAGUUCUGACGAGUUUCACCUUCAACUUCAGCCCUUCUUGUUUGACAAAACAGAACAUUUCAUUCACGAGUUCACAAGCUUUGCUCGGUCUCCAUUUGACAUGACUGCUUAUGAUGAGCGUGCGCAGUACAACAGGCCCAAUGAGUCACGUGAUCAAGUGAGAGACACGCCGACUGUGUUUCACAGUCAAACUUCAGGUUGGCAAACUCCCGUUCCAGGCCCCUCUGGAGAAUCGAUAUUGGAAGUGUUGGAAACAGACUGGAGCAGAGAUUCGCCAGUGCUACAAAGAGAAAGCACGAGCUGGUCUCCUAGCUCGUCCCCAGGCACAUCUGGGCUGAAUGGACAACUCAGUUUAGCCGAGAUUGUGACCAUAUCCUCGGCUAGUUCACACACUGUGUGGACAAACGCUGAACGACCGGGAAUUGACGAACCUGCAAACGGAGCUGCUCAUUCUACAGGAUCAAGAAACAGAACCAGGUCUAAAAGUGAAUCUGUUACUGAAGAAACGCAAGAGAAAUCGAGACAUCAUUACCAUCGACAUUCACACAAACAUAAACAUAAGCACAAACACAAGCCUAAGCAGAAAGAUUCUAAGAGACACAAGACGGAACGAAGUAUCAGCGAACAAUCUCAAGUGACAGAGAGCUUGGACAAUGGCUUAGACCAUUCUGGGUCAAAAGAUGAAUCGUCUGUAUCUGGCACACCCCCAGUAGAAGUUAUUGUUGUUAGCAGUGAUAGUAACACUUCUCCUUCUGCGUCCAGACUGCACAAUCGAGCUUCGCCCAUCGAUCUAACAGUGCUGCGACGAAAGACUGAAAGGUCUGUGUCACGAUCUCGCUCUCGGUCUAAAUCUGUUGCUAAAGGAAAGAGAAUCUUACACGAUGAAUCUCGCUCCGGCCAUGCUGAAUCACGCUUCUCGCGAGAUCGCUCACGUUCAACUGGAGAACGAACAAGAAAAGGCAGCCAUCGAUCACGUUCACGUUCACCUUCACGCUUAAAAGAAAGACAUCGCUCCAAGGGGAAAAGACGAUUAGAAAUUGAUGAUCACGAUAUGUCAAAAUCUGAAUUGCUUUCUUCAAAAAAGCAAAGCUUAAAGAAGGAAAAGCACCAUCGCGAAAAGAAACGGUCUCGAUCCUGUUCUUCUGGUCGAUCACGCUCUCAGUCCAAGGCCAAGUCCGCUUCAAAGACUCGGUCGGAGAAAUUCGACAAAAGGACGGUAGAGUAUUCGCGUUCUCGCACAACGUCAGACUCGUCGAAGAGGAAUGAAGCACCUUCGUCCUCACGAUCACGAAGAUCACUGUCACGAAGGUCACGGUCACGAAGUUCACGCUCACCGAAUUCACGAUCACGAAACUCACGGUCUCGUUCUCGCUCGCGAUCUAAACGUUUCUCGCGUUCGCACUCGUCACGUUCACCACGGAGUCAUGUUGAUUCUUCACGCGGUUCACGUUCCCACAAAUCAAGCCAAUCGAGGGAUCAUUCAGACUACAACCCAAAGAAGUUGAGUUCUGACAGCGACGAAGAUAUCAAGAAAGAAAUCGAUGAUCUGGAGUACCGUAUCACUACUGAUAAGAAACGAUUGCUGAAGCUGCUUAUUAAGCAAGAAAGGGAGAAGGCAGUUGAUGUGACAGAACUUGACGACGAGGCGGACGAGGCGGGGAGUUGGUGACGAAUGUCAGAGCUAGUCCAGUUUAGUUUCCAGACUUCUCUCUGUUUUUUUUUUUUUUCGCAUAGUCAACAGAACUGAAAGUCAUUGGAAAGAAGAGAUAAGACAACAAAUUUAAGUGGACCUGAGAAUAUGGGACAGUUCUGAAAGAAGACAAUCUCCUUGUAAACAAUCUCUUUGUACAAAGAUGGACAAAUAAAUAAGAACAAGAGCUCCACCUUAGGGAGCCCACAAACUA